UUUGCAUUUGGUUUGUCCCGGUAUUCCUGACUGGUUCGUGUACUGGGGUCGCCACGGAAAAUUUAACGAAGACAAACUGAACAAUCUCGUCCAGCAGUAUACCCACAUUGGAGCCUUGUAAAAAAGCUACGGGGACGAGAUGGAUAAUCAAUGUGAGGAAUGCGAGCAGAGGUGUUCCGACCUAAAGCGAUGUUCGGGAUGUUUCCAGGUGUAUUACUGUUCAAGGAAGUGCCAGAAAAGAAACUGGAAGUCACAACACCGAGGUAUAUGUAAGGAAUACCAGUCGACCCACGUAACGACCAUAUCGAGAUCCGAAAGCAAGAAAGCUACAAUAGACCUCAGCAAGUUGACACUGAACGACUUCAACAACAAUUCUGACUAUAAGAUGUUUAAAGAUAUAAAGAGAGCUCGGAAAGAGGCUGCGAAAGUGUUUCCGGGGUCUCACAUAUUAGAUGAAUUCAAACAGAUAUCGGAAACUUUUGGUUCGAAGCGAGUUUUAGUGGCGUACAUCUCGAGGGAACACCCAUAUCCUUUCCGUCACUGUGUCUAUAUUCAGGAUAAGACCGACAAAGAGAUGAUGGUCGCCUUCUACCUAGACUACGACGAUCCAACUCCCUACUUUCGAUGGCAGGAAGUAAUCCCUGGAAAUUAUCUGUGCGUGAAAAAUCCUUACAUUCAUUUCUUCAUGGACGGCCAAGUUGGCUUACGUAUUGACGAGCCUUGUCUUAUCACAAUCCUUAGCUUCUAGAGAGCGUGGAAUGAACAUGUUUCUUGUGGUUGAUGUAUAUUAUAUAGUAUUAUAGUUAUUAUGCGUUGUGUUAUAAGGUUAUAACAAGUGUUAUAUUUGUAUGUGUUAUACAAUAUUAUAGUUAUUACAACU